AUGGGAAGAGACUCGUUUGCCAGCUCAGGCUAUAGAAGGCCUUCGCUAGCAAGCAGAAGGUCCAGACAUGGCAGUAUUCUGUCGACGGAAUCAUCAGCUAUGCUUGAAGAAAACACGCAUGAGAUGUUUUCAGGUGCUACGAGUGAAAACAUCCCGUCGUCGAUCUCUUCGAUGCAUUUCCCUCAUCACUUUGGUGCUAGACGUGUAUCGAUAGCACCACAGAUCCUGAGAGAAACGUCCCCCUUGUUGGCAGAACGCGAUCGAGUGAGACAGUCGAUUGAUGGUGAUGCCCACUCAGCGACAUCAGUCUUCAGCGAGGACUCUAAAGAGACUCAGAGUGCAAAAUUCAAGUUUUUUUCUCCUGAUCAGAUUGAGUCAGCCCCUGGUGGUUCAACCUUAGAGAAUCCAGAUGACCCAGUUGACUACAACACUAACUGGGAGUAUUCUGUAGACAAAUAUCCCGACGAGGAGGAAAGUCAACCUGGUUCCAAAAGACCUCUGUUUUCCAGGUCUCGUCGCUCGCAGUUGUCGACGUACUUUUAUGACCAAAACGGUGCAUCAUCCACUUUCGGAGAUACAGAAAGAAGAGCAAGGUCAGUAAGCCGGGCACAUCGUGAUUCUGACAAUGAUAGCAGCUAUGGAUCAUUUAUUGAAGACAGGUACAGGCGUAGAAGCUCAGCUUCCAGUGGCCGGUCUGCUUCAUUUGCUGAUCUGAGUCCUGAGCAUCUGGAAGGAGAAGUACAAGCGUACUUCGAGGAGUUCAACCCUAGAGCCAAAUUUCAACGAUACUAUCUCGCCGAAGAAGAUAUAGUCAUUGGUAUAGCAGGCUAUAGCGACUGCUUAUGGAAACAAACCAUCUAUUAUAUGAUUUGCAUGUUUACUUUCGGCAUAGGUUUCUUGUUGCUUCGCUGGUUUCCUCGUUACAGAAUCAAUCUUCUUGGAAAUCAGAGACCUCUUGGAAAGGCCGAUUGGUGCGUUAUUGAGAACGAAUAUGGUGAGCUCGCAAUCGUGAAUAUCUCUAAAAUGCGUCUCAAUGAACGCUUAUCUCACUUUUUGACAGUUACGCAGAAGACGACCGAUGAAGAUAACUUUGAAAUUCAAGAGCCUUCAAAGGAGGCUAAUCCAGUUGUUCCCUUUGUUCAUUCGUUCGAGUACCGUUACAUCAAAUUUUUCUACAAUCCCGUGGAAGACAUCUUCAAGACGAACUCAAACUGGUACGACAUUCAUUGGCUCAAUGUCAAAAAUAUACGUGAAGGUUGCUCUCAGCAACUUCAUGAACAAAGGAAGGAUAUUUUUGGCGAGAACAGUAUACAAAUCCAGCAAAAGACUAUUGGUCAAUUAUUGUUGGAUGAGGUACUCCAUCCGUUUUACGUAUUCCAAGUGUUCUCGAUCAUUUUGUGGUGUGCUGAUGAAUAUUUCUACUAUGCCACUUGUAUUUUUAUCAUUUCUUUUUUUUCAAUUAUAAAUUCCUUGAUUGAAACAAAGACCACGAUCAAAAGACUCCAAAACAUAAGUAAAUUUUCAUGUGAAGUGCGUGUUUGGAGAAAUGGAUUUUGGAACAAAAUUCAAUCUGAGGAGUUGGUACCAGGUGACGUAUUUGAGGUGGAGCCCUCCUUCAACUACGUUCCUUGUGAUGCAUUGCUCAUUAAUGGUGAAUGUGUUGUGAACGAAUCGAUGCUUACCGGUGAGAGCGUUCCAGUGUCAAAAUGCGUCGCGACUGAAGAAACUAUUCAAUAUCUUGCUGAGAGUUUUACUCAUGCAAUUUUGGCCAAGUCAUAUCUUUACAGCGGCACUAGACUACUCAAAACGAAAACAUAUAACGAUGAGCCGGCUCUUGGUAUGGUCUUGAAAACUGGGUUCAAUACAACAAAAGGAUCUCUUGUUAGAUCUAUGUUGUUUCCUAAACCCACGGGCUUUAAGUUGUACGAAGACUCCUUCAAGUACAUCGGCUUUAUGACAUUGAUUGCUUGCAUUGGAUUUAUAUACUCCACAUACAACUUCAUUCAAUUGGGUCUCUCCAAACGAAUUAUGAUUUUGAGAGCACUUGACAUCAUUACCAUCGUUGUCCCACCGGCACUCCCUGCAACAUUGACAAUUGGUACAACAUUUGCAAUCAAUCGACUAAAACACAAGCAAAUAUUCUGUACAGCCCCGACCAGGGUGAAUAUUGGUGGUAAAGUUGAUGUUGUUUGCUUUGACAAAACUGGUACUUUAACAGAGGAUGGAUUGGACGUCUUUGGUGUGCACCCAACUAAGAAUGCUGAGGGACGUAAGGAAAUCGUAUUUGAGGAGUUGAUUGAGACGGUUGACUCUUUGGUUGCAAAAGGAUCGCAGGCGACACAGUAUGAAGUUCAUAGCGGCCUCAGCAUGCUCGGUUGUAUGACGUCAUGUCAUUCUCUCAGACUCAUCGAAGAUGAACUCGUCGGUGAUCCUCUUGACCUGAAGAUGUUUGAGUUUACCAAUUGGACCUACACUGAGGAGUAUUCGGCAGAUUCCAUACCUUUGGUUUAUGAGGGUGCCGGAAAUCAAGCUUUCGGAUACAAAAUCCUCAGGGAGUUUGAAUUUCUUGCUUCGCUCAGAAGAAUGUCUGUAAUUGUCGAGAAAGGCAGCGUCAAGUUAGUCUUUGUCAAAGGCGCUCCAGAGGUAAUGCUUGACAUUUGCGAUCCUACCUCGAUACCUUCUAACUACGAAGAUUUACUUCACGGGUAUACUCACAGCGGAUUGAGAGUGAUCGCAUGUGCUCAACGGACACUCAACAAGAAGGAGGACGUCUCAAAAAUAUCAAGAGAGGAUGCAGAGUCAAAUCUUGAGUUUGCAGGUUUCAUCAUCUUUGAAAACAAGUUGAAGCCCUCUACGAAAAAGACAUUAAAUGAGUUGAAGAAAGCUGCUAUCAGAACGAUAAUGUGCACAGGUGAUAAUGUCUUGACAGCCGUCAGUGUUGGAAGAGACUGCGAGCUCAUUGACCCCGCUGUAUCGCAGGUUUAUGUCGCACGUCUAGCAAGUGAGGACGAAUUCAAGGCAACAGGAGCUACUGGUUUGAUCUGGGAGGAUAUCCAUGACCCAUCCCACAAACUCGAUCCUGUGACCUUGCAAAGGAUUAGCACCGAUAUUAGAGAUGAUGUUCAAGAAUAUGUGCUUGCUAUGACGGGGGAUAUUUUCCGCUACAUGUUGAUCGAAUUACAAAAUGACAGAUUGACUGAAAAAGUUUUGAUGAAAUGUGACAUUUUUGCUAGAAUGUCACCGGAUGAGAAGCAUGAAUUGGUAGAACAACUCAAGAAGAUUGACUACACAGUUGGAUUCUGUGGUGAUGGAGCCAAUGAUUGUGGUGCGCUUAAAGCAGCAGAUAUUGGUAUCUCGUUGAGCGAGGCCGAAGCCUCUGUUGCAGCGCCAUUCACCUCUAGAGUGUUUGAAAUCGCAUGUGUCACUGAUGUGAUCAAAGAGGGAAGAUCGUCCUUGGUGACAAGUUUUGCAUGCUUCAAGUAUAUGUCAUUAUACUCUGCCAUCCAGUUCAUAACGGUGUCGAUAUUGUACAAGAUGGGUACGAAUUUGGGGGACUUUCAAUUCCUCUACAUCGACUUGUUCUUGAUUUUGCCAUUGGCCAUCUUCAUGUCAUGGGCCAAGCCUUACGCAAAACUUGUUGUCACAAAACCAACUGCCAACUUGGUCAGCCCAAAAGUUCUUAUUCCAUUGCUUUGCCAUAUAUCUGUUAUUUUCAUCUUCCAGCUCGUAAUGUGGAGGUCAGUUCGAAACGAGUCAUGGUACAUCAAGCCAAUUCCUUCAAACGAUGAUGAGAAUGUGAAAUCGACGGACAAUACGGUAUUAUUCUUGUUCACGAAUUUUCAGUACAUUCUCAACUCGCUGGUUUUGAGUAGCGGACCUCCUUACAGAGAGCAGAUGUAUAAGAACAAGCCAUUUUUGUUUAAUCUUGUGGUGGCACUUCUAAUGUCCGCCCUGCUCUUUACCAUUGAAGAGGAUUCAUGGGCAGGCAAUCUUAUGCAAUUGACGAACAUGUCGUCUACCGCUUAUUUCCGGAUCGUUGUGUACGCAGCAGUCAACUUUGUUCUAAUGAGCUACGGAGAGGAGAAAUGGUUCAAGAAGGUUGCGUGGUUGUACAAGCGAGUGUUCCGGAGGAGGCAGCUUGGCAAAAGCAAGAAGCGGUACAAGAAUUUGAAAGUAGAGUUUGUGCGGGUUGUUUAG